UCCAAGCUGUUCGAUUUUCAAUUUCCCGUAUGAGUGUCUUCCUCUCUUCAUGCCGCUCCAGAAAUCAGCUGAUUUACACGCCCCUCCCCCCAAUCCCAGCUGGCUUUUGGGCGCUUGGAUUCACCUGGAUUCCGGCCCCAUCCCGCCCCCUGUCACUUAAAGGAGCCUGAGCACUGGGCGAACUCGGGCUCACUCUUUGAUCUCUGGGUUGCAUGGGUGACAGCUUGGAGUUAACCGUUUUGCUUGCACAUCCGCCCGCUGCUUUGGGUGCCAAAAGGGAGACAAUUUGACCGCAGAGGGCGGGCCACAUAAGGAGCAUAUUAGACCCUACUUAUGUCUGGAUUAUACGACCGACUGCCUCAGGCUUCGCUUUCCCUUCCUCUUCAGUCUGACCAGCUUGGGGCUUUAGGGUGGUUAGCCUCUAGCCUGGCCCUUUAAGCCUUAACAGCCCGUUCUACGGGGCUGCUGACCUGCAAGUCUGCCUUUGGGGGCAGGUGAUUUCCAUGGCAUUUGCAGAGUGACUUUCCCACAGUUGAGCAACUUGUGUUGAAACUGAGAUGGAGGGCAGUCAGCCAAGAAAGUUGAACAACUGUCAACAAAUUUAAAUUUGUCAUUUCUAAGCUGAUGGAAGAGAAAGAGAAUCCUGGUAGAAGAGGCCUUUAAAGAAUCUGGUCUAACCCCUAAAAAUCAACUAGGUCAUGGAAGAGAAAGACAGAACAAAUGCUUUCUUUUCUCUAGUAGAAAAGAAGUAAUUGAAAAAGAACAGAUCAGUAUAAAUAAAGAAAAAAUGACAAAUGAUGCUAUAGAAAAACCACAUAAAUGGAAUGAAGAAGUAUUUAUAAGAAAGAUCCACUAUUUACAACUUCAAGAAAAAACCCCAUCAGAGAUAAUUAUAUAUUAGUUGCUAGACCACAGCUGGGGAAGAGCAACAGAACACUCCGGGGUAGGAAAUGCAAAGCCUUUGCAUGCCAUGUAGCUGACAUUAGAGGGCUAAAGGAUUCUCAUCACACUGUGAUGGGAUACACAUUUAAGGAAUCAUCUGUGACUGCGCCAUACACCCAAUCAAAGAACUUUGGGAUCUUGGAGAAGAAAGGGAAAAUAAUUGGUGCAGAACCUAGUUGCCAUCAUGACUGGGGUAUUAUUUAGAAGGUAUAAGACAUUUUUGAUGUUCCUUUCAUAAAAAUUUAUAGUUUUAUCAUGGAUAUUGAAACCAGGAUUCAGAAAUUACAUUCUAAGCGGGAAGCAUUUUAAUUUUAAGAGAGUCCCAUUUGAUGCUAAAGAAAUGCCAGAUUGAGGACUGGUGCUUUCUCUCCCUGGCUAAUGGAAAUACUGUUGUUCCAUUCAAAGCAUAGUGAAAGAAUGGAGUGAAAGAGAAAGAAGAGUGCAAAGAGAUGAAGGGUGACAAGCACAAGGUCUUGACUGGAAUGCAAAGGAGAAGGAGUCUGAAAAAGAAUGGAAAACCAGGAUAAAGAGGGAGAUGCAGCUGAAGCUGAAGAGUUCCUGGGUCACUCAGAACUCUGAGGGGCUUCUGGGAGAUAACUGCCAGCCCUGAGGCAGUUGGGGGCAGUGAGAGAAGUUCCCAGCUUCUGGACUACUAUUUUUCUCUCUCUUGGAUCUUGCUUGUGGUUCCCUGUGGGAUCCUGCUUUUUAGAUCCUGUCUAUUCUUGAGUUAUUCUAGCCUGUUCCUGAUCUUGUUUUAAAUCUACCUGUACAACUCUGAAGAGGAAAACCAGCUUGAACCUGAACUGAUUUGUCUAUUCCAUAACUUCUGCAAGGUUAGCCUGCAGAUCCUGGUGACCCUUUUAGCUGGUCAUCAAAACCUAUCCAGCCAAGUUGAUCUAUUGGCUUUUUCUGAAGACUGUUUUGGAGAGGCCAUAGAUUAGGGAAGCUGGGACAGGGAUUUGGGGGGUACAGCACAGUCAGGUUAGGGUGUGAGAUAGCUUGGAAGAUACAGAAGAAAGGCUUUUUGCAAGCCUCUUCGUUGGUGGAUGAAGACUAGAUUUCUAGGGACCUCCUUGGCCCUCCUCCCACACCCAGUCCUUGUUAUUUUACUUCAUUAAACCAGGUUUUGUGAUUUCUAUACAGCUGUCAGAUUGGUUUGUAGGAUCUCCAGGACUGAGCGUAGCCAUCUUGCCCUCUGAGCCUGAGAGAAACAGAGACAACAACCUUCUGUUUUUACUAACCUUUUUGAGUGGCAAAACCCACAUCUUUCAGUUGACCGAGCUAGGCUAGGUUGGAAUCUGGUCAAGCUGAGAAAGUUUUAAAACAAGAAAAAUCAUUUUUCAUCAGUUGAAGUUUUGGGCCUAGUCAGACCUGCCAAGUCAGUAGGAGCGGCCAUCUUGAAAAAUUUUGUUUUCUUAGUACUGAGUUGCUGAAAUCUACCUAGCAACCAGGUUGACCAACCAGAAUAAACACAACAUUUCUGAUUGGAAAAAAUUUAAAGGACCAGUUUUAAAAACAUUUUUUUACUAUCUGAAGGCUUGAAAAUGAUGACAGUUCAGAAUAUUGUUGUUGUGAUGGGGGUGUUGGCAUGUUUAGUCCAAUGCUUCCUGAUUUGUUAUAAUAUAUUGUUUAUAGAUAUCCCAUAUAUGUUAUACUUUAUUAUGAACAUUUAUGGAAAUAUAAAAUGGCUGAAAAUGGAACUGGACCGGGUAAUAUCCUACCUCCCAGUGAUGAUUGUGUUAUUAUACAUAAUGAUAAAGAUCUAUUAUAGUGGCAAACAGAUUUUCUUCAAAAUACUAGGCAAAAGGGCUGUAGGAAAGAAUGACAAUGAGUUAAGAGUACUGGUGCUGACAAUGAAAGAAACAAUGGAAAAGAUGCAAUUAAAACUAGAUAAGCUGACUGGGGAAACUGAGGCAUCAAAGAAUAAAGUGGCAGAACAAAAAGAUAAUGAUACCCAACCAAAGCCAAAUGAAGACCAGGAUAUUAAAGAACCAAACACUGCUGCAGCUUCCUUGCUCCCAUUGUGUGAUUUGACUUACAUUCAGCCAGAAGCAGGGAUAAACCAUGUAAAAACCCACAAGCCUUUUAACACUUCAGAUUUAGACCACCUGCGCCAACGCAUGCCAAGGUAUUUUGAUGAACCAAUGAAAUGCGUAAAGGAGUUUAAGAGAGCCAUAAAGCUUUAUGAUCCAAGCUUUGAGGACACUGAAUUGUUGCUCUCUGAACUUUUUACUAAACAGGAGAAGGAGCAAUUUGUUCAGGAAACCAGAAAUGAUCCAAAUUUGACAUCAUGGCCGUCUGACACACAGCAUUUAGAAUUGAGUAAUAUUGAGAACCUGAGAUUCUUAGGCCAGGCAAGACAAUCAAUCCUAGAGGCAAUGAAAAUCCAUGCCAAAAAACCGGAUAACUGGGGAAAGUUUGAAAAAUUGAAACAGGAGCCAGGGGAAAAUCCUUCCACAUUCCUUGAUAGAGUGAUAGAGAUGGCUGAAAAUCUUUUAGGUUUUGUAGAUUUAUCAGAGCAAAACCUAGAGCAUAUCAGGAGACAAUUUGUGAAAGGAAGUUGUCUACCUGUUAGGAAUUAUUUCAGGCUGGAGUGUCCUAGCUGGGAAUCAAUGGGACUAGAGGAUCUCAGAAAAACAGCAGUCUAUGUUUUUUCUGGAGAAAAGGAAAAGGGAUCUGAUGAUAAGGAUGAGUUGGUGCAAGAGUUAAGGAACCAGUUAAAAGAAGCAAACAGGAAAUUGAAAGAAAAAGAGAUAGAGGAUGUAAAAACCAUGGAGACAUUGAAAACAUCCAGGCCUAGGCAAGAGUAUGCACCAAGAAAGCAAAGAACAAAUCAAAUGAGAUGUUUCCUGUGCAACAUGCCAGGGCAUUUUUUGAGAGAAUGCCGAUUUAGAUCCCAGCUAAAUAAUAAUUAUAACAACAAUUCUUACUCUAGCAACAGAAAUGCAUCUGGAGGUUGGAGGCAGAGUAGGUCGACCUAUCAAAAUUAUAAGCAAAGUAAAAGGCAGGAACAGGGGCAAUGUUGUUCCCAUAUUUGUAACCAAUCAAUGAGUCAAACUCCCAACUUGGGGACAAUGCAAGAAUACAUAAAGGCAGGGGCUCGUCCUAAGUACUCUACAAUAGUUUCAGAAGAUACAAAAGCUUAAUUAUGAAGGUUUACCUUGAAAGAUGCAGGAACAAAAAGCCUUAAUAACAGUGAUAGAGAAAAUGGACAUAACAACGGAGAUAGAGAAAAUGAAAUAGGAAACAGUGAUAGCGAAAAGAGGAACCGUGCUAAUGAACAAGAAAUGCAAGAAAACUAUUGCAGAGACUAGUAAGCAAACAAGGAGUGUAAUAGUGGGAAAUACAGUAACAAUGAAUGCAUUGAAGGACAAAGAAAGAGAAAAUAGUGAGAAUAAAGAUAAACCCAAGGGGGGGUAAAUUUGUAACAAUAGCUAAAGGAAGUGGUGGUAUGGAUACUAAGUCUCCUGGGGAAUGCAAAGAGAAUACUGCAACUCCAGAUGCAGAGAGUAGUUGGGAUAUUAAUGGGUUUGAUUUAGUAGCACCAAUGUUGGAGACUUUUACUCCGCCUAACACAACUAAACCACAUGUGGAUAUUGUUCCUAGUAGAGUAGCCCAGGUGGUAGAAAAUGUUAAAGACUGAGUAUAUAGUAGAAAUUUAGAUUCAGCUAUAAAAGUCCUAGGAAAAGAUGCCUGGGUGCAUUGUUCCCAUAUUAAAAUCAGUCAAGCUCACAGAAAUAGCGAAAAUCAGAGUAACAAUAGUGAUGAGAAUCAGGAGGAAGAGAGAUAGAGACAGGAAAAGAUUUAGGAGAAGGAGAGAGAAAUGAAAAUGAAGAUGAGUAUUUAGAAGAUGAAGAAAACUGACAUUUGCAUCAAGCAAAUUGAGUCUGCAGUCAAAGAGUACAGAAGGAGAGGACUAUGGAGUGAAAGAUUAAAGCAACUCUUAGGGAAAACUGGAAGAUGAAGAUUUAACAGCAGGAGAGCAGAAGGAGAAAGAUUUGUUGUAGCUGUAAAGACAGACUGUGAGAACUUGUAAAUAGAGAAGAGGAACAGAAGUGGACUGGAAACUUUGUAAGAUAAAAUGCGCCAGGAAACACAAUGACAUGUUCAAUUUUAGUUACCUUCAACACAAACAUACAUGGAAGAAGGAAGAGAGCCAAUAGUUAAAAUGAGAAGAGGAAAUCUGAAGAGACAGUGAGUAUGGUUCAUCCAACAGAACACGUAAUUAGGUUACAUAUUCCAUAAAUUAUCAUAUCUGUAUGUUUUCAGACCCCAUCUAGAUAAAUGGUGUUUUUUUUUUAAUGGAAAAAAAAUAGAGAAAAUAAGUAAAUAGUAUUAGAUCCAUAAAGUGUUAACUGAAUAGAAAGAUCUGUAGAUUUUCUAUUUGGUUAAUAUCAAGGUAUAGAUAGAGCUUAUAGUAAUGAAAGAAAUAGAUAAUGAAUGCAGUACAUAACAUGCACAUAAAUGUAAAUAGAUUUGUAAAUUUAUAAAUACUUGUAACAGAAGGAACAUAGAAUUAUUGCAGUUAUGUACAUAUGUAUAUUUGACUUGUAUCGUAUGUAUAUAGGAUAUAUAUAGGGUAAGAUAGGGAAUUUAGUUCUCAUUUUAAUGUAAAAGAUUAGUUAAAUGUAUUAGAGUUAGCAUAUAGAAUAGAGAAAUGUUGUUUUGAAUUGGUCAGGUAAGAUUUUUUAAAAAUCCUGCAUUUUGCAGAAGUGUUUUUUUACACAGAUUGUGUUUGUUGUCAAAGCUUAGGCUAAAAUUGUGUUUGUUGUAAAUUUUUUAGUAUUUUUUCUACUUUUAUAUGAAUUGGAGUUUGAUUUUGGUGUUAGAUAGAAUUGUGUUUGUAUUAGCUGAGUAUUAUAAGAAUUUCAUAGAAAAUUUGUGUAGAAGAGUUUGGAGCACUGUGUAGUUUUUUUUAAAAAUUUGUAUUUUGUAGUAGCAAUAAGUUAUAUUCAGAUUUUAUGGAUUGUUUUGAAUUUGCAAAUGUUGUGUUGUGUUUAAGCUUUGUAACAAUUUUGUAAACUCUUACACUUUACCCUUCCUUUUCUUGGUUGAGAUCUUGAAAUAGGCAAAGUUAAAAAUAGGUUUAGCAUAGAAAGGUUUUAUUUAUUUAUUUAUUUAUUUUUGUGCUGGGGUUAGUUUAUAGAAUAAGGGAUUACUAAUAAAUGAAGAUAAGUAUUAAGGUUCACAGAAUGGAGUGGUUUCCAUUUGUGAAAGGGAAAGACUGAGAGAGAAAGAAAAAUACAAAGAGAUGAGGGCUGGAAUGCAAAGGAGGAGUCUGAAAAAGAAUGGAAAACCAGGAUAAAGAGGGAGAUGCAGCUGAAGCUGAAGAGUUCCUGGGUCACUCAGAACUCUGAGGGGCUUCUGGGAGAUAACUGCCAACCCUGAGGCAGUUGGGGGCAGUGAGAGAAGUUCCCAGCUUCUGGACUACUAUUUUUCUCUCUCUUGGUUCCUGCUUGUGGUUCCCUGUGGGAUCCUGCUUUUUAGAUCCUGUCUGUUUCUGAGUUAUUCCAGCCUGUUCCUGAUCUUGUUUUAAAUCUACCUGUACAACCCUGAAGAAGAAAACCAGCUUGAACCUGAACUGAUUUGUCUAUCCCAUAACUUCUGCAAGGUUAGCCUGCAGAUCCUGGUGACCCUUUUAGCUGGUCAUCAAAACCUAUCCAGCCAAGUUGAUCUAUUGGCUUUUUCUGAAGACUGUUUUGGAGAGGCCAUAGAUUAGGGAAGCUGGGACAGGGAUUUGGGGGUACAGCACAGUCAGGUUAGGGUGUGAAGAUACAGAAGAUACGGAAGAAAGGCUUUUUGCAAGCCUCUUAGUUGGUGGAUGAAGACUAGAUUUCUAGGGACCUCCUUGGCCCUCCUCCCACACCCAGUCCUUGUUAUUUUACUUCAUUAAACCAGGUUUUGUGAUUUCUAUACAGCAGUCAGAUUGGUUUGUAGGAUCUCCAGGACUGAGCGUAGCCAUCUUGCCCUCUGAGCCUGAGAGAAACAGAGACAACAACCUUCUGUUUUUACUAACCUUUUUGAGUGGCAAAAUCCACAUCUUUCAAUAGCAAUCAAUGGAUGCUCUUGAAAGUGCUUAUUUAACAUGGUCUAAUUCUCAAUUCUUCAAAGUUCUUUGUACCCCUCUCAUUAAAAACUGCUUUUGUACACGAUAACAACAUAACGUAUGAUGAUCAACUGUGAAUGAUUUGACUGUUAUCAGCAAGGCAAGGAUCCAGGACAAGUCCAAGAGUCUCAUGAGGAAACGAGGCUAUCUACCACCACAGAAGGAACAGACGGUGCCAGUGCAAAUUGAAAUAUAUCCUUUAUUUCCUACAUGAAUUUUCCUCGAGGGGAAGCAAUAUGUAACUUUCACACCUUGCUGAAUGGAAGGACGUAUUACAUGGUAGUAUCUAUAUAGUCUAUAUCAGCGUUGGUUGAGACAUGGCAUGUGUGCCCUGGUGGCAUGGAGGGGGCUGCUCUGUUCCCCUUCUCUACUGUGCCCAAGGACAUUUUUUGCAUGCUGCACCCCAUUUUCCGGCAGACCAAUGGGAGCACUUUCUUCCUCUGCUCUCUGGGACAACGUGGGGGGCUCAUAGGGUGCUUGAAGGUGCAGUUUGGGUAAGAAAUUAUAUUGACAUGCAAUGUGGAAAAAAUAAAAGUUAUUUUUAAAAAGUU